GUCAAGUGUCAUCACAUACCAUGGACGUAGAAAAUUCUUUAACCGAAUUCGCGAAUGACAUUUCCGAUAAAUGCUCAAUAUAACUGCUCGAUUAAUUAAAUUGUGAAAUUUGUCCAAAUUACAAUCUCGCGAAUAUUGUCGCGACUCGCGAGUAAAACAAAUUAGUGACAUGCAAUCGACGCGGAAUGAUGCAGAGAUGCUCUUGAAUCAAUGUCGAAUACUGUGAUAUUGGAUAAGUGCAGCGGAAGAUGUUUGACUGGCGAACGAAUCAUGAUUGGAGAACGCCGCAAUAUCUAUUAUGACGACAUAUGAAGAUUUUAUUCAACAAAACGAGGAUCGCGACGGCGUGCGAUUCACAUGGAACGUAUGGCCCUCGUCACGUAUCGACGCCACCAGGCUGGUUGUCCCGUUGGGUACUUUGUACCAGCCGAUCAAGGAACGGCCGGAUCUGCCGCCGAUUCAAUAUGAUCCAGUUUUAUGUACGAGAUCUACCUGCAGAGCUAUUUUAAAUCCGUUGUGUCAAGUGGACUAUCGUGCAAAACUAUGGGUCUGCAAUUUUUGCUUCCAGAGAAAUCCUUUUCCAUCACAGUAUGCUGCAAUUUCAGAACAACAUCAGCCUGCAGAACUGAUCCCAAUGUUUUCAACAAUCGAGUAUACAAUAAUGCGUGCCCAAUGUCUACCACCCAUAUUUCUAUUUGUUGUGGAUACUUGCCUGGAUGAUGAAGAAUUAGGAGCACUUAAAGAUUCAUUACAAAUGUCAUUAUCUCUACUUCCAUCUAAUGCUCUCAUUGGUCUCAUCACGUUUGGUCGAAUGGUUCAAGUGCAUGAAUUGGGAUGCGACGGUUGUAGCAAAAGUUAUGUAUUCCGUGGCACGAAGGAUCUUCAGCCGAAACAAGUUCAAGAUAUGUUAGGUAUUGGUAGGCCAAUUCCAGGACAAAAUCCGAAUCAGCCGAGAGGCCCAGGUGUACAACCGUUACCGCCUGCCAAUCGUUUCUUACAACCUGUGCACAAGUGCGAUAUGAGUUUGACAGACCUUUUGGGAGAGUUGCAACGCGAUCCUUGGCCUGUUGGACCAGGAAAACGCUCCUUACGGUCUACAGGUGUGGCACUGGCAGUUGCCACAGGUCUUUUAGAAGCCAGUUAUGCAAACACUGGUGCUAGGAUUAUGUUAUUUGUUGGUGGACCGUGUUCCCAAGGACCCGGCCAAGUCGUUACUGACGAUUUGCGACAGCCAAUUAGAUCGCAUCAUGACAUACAGAAGGAUAACGCUAAACAUAUGAAGAAGGCAACCAAGCAUUACGACGCGCUUGCGUCACGCGCCGCAACCAACGGCCACAUAAUAGAUAUCUAUUCUUGUGCCCUUGAUCAAACUGGUUUACUAGAAAUGCGCCAAUGCUGCAACUCUACCGGCGGUCACAUGGUGAUGGGUGAUUCAUUCAACUCUUCUUUGUUCAAACAAACUUUCCAACGAGUAUUUAACAAGGAUUCUAAGGGCGAGCUGAAAAUGGCAUUCAAUGCCACUCUAGAAGUGAAAACCUCUCGUGAAAUUAAAGUUUCUGGAGCAAUUGGACCUUGUGUGUCGUUAGGAGUGAAGGGAUCUAGCGUCGGGGAGCAAGAAGUAGGUUUAGGUGGUACUUGUCAGUGGAAAUUUUGCUCGUUGACGCCGUCUACAACAACAGCAUUAUUCUUUGAAGUUGUCAAUCAACAUACAGCUCCGAUUCCGCAAGGUGGAAGAGGUUGCAUUCAAUUUAUUACUCAAUAUCAACAUAGCAGCGGACAGAGGAGAAUCAGAGUUACUACCGUCGCCAGAAAUUGGGCAGAUGCAUCAUCAUCACUGCAUCACAUAAGCGCUGGAUUUGAUCAAGAAGCAGCGGCUGUUCUCAUGUCGCGUUUGGCUGUAUUCAGAGCAGAAAGUGACGAUGGUCCGGACGUUUUGAGAUGGGUCGAUCGCAUGCUGAUUAGACUUUGUCAAAAGUUUGGAGAGUAUGCAAAAGAUGAUCCAAACAGCUUUAGAUUGGCACAAAACUUUUCUAUGUAUCCACAAUUUAUGUAUCACUUGCGCAGAUCCCAAUUCUUACAAGUAUUCAAUAAUUCACCAGACGAAACCAGCUUUUAUAGGCAUAUGCUUAUGCGUGAAAAUGUAGCAGAUUCUUUAGUUAUGGUUCAACCUGUCUUAUACAGUUAUGGAUUUAAUGGCCCUCCAGAAGCUGUAUUGUUAGAUACUUCGUCUAUUCAGGCUGAUAGAAUUCUGUUGAUGGAUACAUUUUUCCAGAUACUUAUAUUCCACGGAGAGACUAUUGCACAGUGGCGACAGUUGAAAUAUCAAGAUCUACCAGAAUAUGAAAAUUUCCGGCAAUUACUAGCAGCACCUGUUGAUGAUGCUGCUGAUACAUUAGCUGUUAGAUUUCCUGCGCCUCGGUAUAUUGAUACGGAACAAGGUGGUUCCCAAGCUAGAUUUUUAUUAAGUAAAGUCAACCCAAGUCAGACUCACAAUAACAUGUAUGCGUAUGGUGCGGGGAUGCCGAUAUCUAAUGGGGAGAGUGGUGCCCCUGUUCUGACGGACGAUGUCAGCUUGCAAGUAUUUAUGGAACAUUUGAAGAAAUUAGCUGUAUCAUCUACAGCAUAAAUUAAUACAUAUUAAUAUAAUAUUAAGAAAUAUAUAAGAUAUAGGAUGCAAACAUAUUAUGAUGAAUAUUCAUUUACUGUGCGGACAAUUAAUAUUUAGGAAAAUAAAAAUAAAUUAAUGUUAUUAUAGAGAUUAUAUAGAAAAGUGAGUAAAAAUCGAGUAUAUAAAUAUGCAAAAA